AUGCUGCGAAUUAAGGAUCCUAAGAAGUCGCUGGAUUUUUAUACUAGAAUUCUUAGAAUGACGCUACUCCAAAAAUUAGCUUUUCCCACUAUGACAUUUUCACUCUAUUUCUUGGCUUAUGAGGAUAAAAAUGACAUCCCAAAAGAUAAAGACGAAAAAGUAGCGUGGGCAUUCUCCAGAAAAGCUAUGCUUGGACUGACACACAACCGGGGCACUGAAGAUGACGACAGCCAGAGUUACCACGGUGGCAGUUCAGACCCCUGGGAAUUUGGUCACAUUGGAACUGCUCUUCCUGACGUUCAUGGUGCUUGUAAAAGAUGUGAAGAACUAGGAGCCAAAUUUGUGAAGAAACCUGAUGAUGGUAAAUGAAAGCCUUGGCAUUUAUUCCAGAUCCUGAUGGCUACUGGAUUGAAAUUUUGAA